CUUUAUUCAACCUCCAUCUUCCCAUAGUCUCCCCCAGCUGCCGGGUAACAACCCCGGAAGUUGUUGGGCUAUAACCAACCUCUAACAAGGGUAACCCGCCGCCAUGGACCCAUGCAAGGAGCAGAAAAAGAUGCCCUGCAUCCGUCUUGGAGAGGCCGAUCCAGCAACAACAUUGACUCGGCCGCCGGCUCCUUUCCCCACCCAUUCUACCGCGGAGCAGAGAGCGGAGAUGCGUUUCGGAGUCCAUGGAAAUGCCGUUUUCACCGGCGGAGCUGGUGUCCUGGCCCUUGCAUCUGCUCGAGCCCUCCUCGAGCAUGGUCUUGAAGGAAUAGCGCUCCUAGAUUUGUCCCGUGCAUUUGAACAAAGCGAGGCCAAUAUCCGUGCCCUGCGCGCAGACUUCCCCGGCGGGAAGAUCCUCACUUAUCCGUGUGAUGUCACCGAUGCGAAGGAAAUGAGUGGCGUCGCGGAACGGAUCCGGGACCAGCUCGGGGCACCCCCUAAAAUCCUAUGUUGCUUUGCAGGGAUAGUGGGGUGUGUGGCCGCAGAGGAAAUGGAGAUUGAGCAAUGGCGACGUCUGAUUGAUGUGAACACCACGGGGUCCUGGAUUGCAGCGCAGACCUUCGGAAAACAGAUGAUUGCGGCCGCGCAGGGCGGCAGAAUUGUGCUGGUUGCUUCGAUCAGCGGUCACCGUGUCAAUUUCCCCCAGCCGCAGGUUGCAUAUAAUGUCUCCAAAGCGGCUGUCCUGCACAUGCGGAGCAGUCUGGCCGCGGAGUGGACCCGUUACGGGAUCCGAGUCAACUCGAUCUCUCCGGGAUAUAUGGACACGCCUCUCAACGAAGGCGAGGAUCUGGAAGCCUGGAGACAGGUGUGGGCGGAGCGUAACCCAAUGCGCCGGAUGGGAUCGCCACAGGAACUCACGGGGCCGGUGGUCUUUCUAUGCAGUGACAUCGGAGGGAGCUAUGUAAAUGGAGCCGACAUUGUGGUGGACGGUGGCGGGUUGGUUUUCUAGUCCAUUUUCAUAUCUGCUUAGUAGACAGACAGACACAACCCGGGGUUGUUCAACAUGGAGCAUACAUACAUACAUACAUAACUUGAGAUCAUAUCCCGCCGUAACAACAACAAAGUUCUACUGUAUUUAGGCACCUGGAUGGGUUUAAUAUGGUGUUUAGCAUGAAGAAGAGCAAACCCAAAAAUAAAGUGAAAUCCCACGACACAGCAACGUCUUCUUGGGGUGAAAGAUUCUAACUCUCUUGACCUUGCAAGCCGGUAUGAGUGAGUUUUGCGCGGGAGGGGGGAGGAGGCCUGGAAUCUAUCUACCUAAUCGACUUUGAUCUGAUCCGGCCAUGAUGGGAACUUUUUUAUGUGCGAGCGAGCGAGCGAGCGACGCGACUUGACUUUGUUACCCCAUACAUACAUACUAGUAGUAGUAGUAGUAGACCAG